AUGCCCACGUCCUUGAGACCAGUCGCCGGUCCUUCUCGAAUACUACACCGCUCUUUUACAAAGUCAUACACUCCGCGCAAUGCUCCGCGCGAUCACAGCGCUUCAGCCAAGCUCUUCGCCGAUGCGGAGGCCGAAGAGUCUGCUCCGGCUCCGCGCGAACCCAAGCUGCCUCACGCGCUGAGAGAGGCGGAGAAUUGGACUGGAGAUGAGAGGAUGGAGGACGCUGUGCUCAGGAUGCUCGUCGACAAGUACAAGCCCUUGCGUUCUGGGCCUGUACGGUCUGCCGACGAGAAGCUACGCUCGAAUCCGCCUGAAGUUGCUUCUUCACAUGCUGGCUCUGGACUCGGUUUAUCUGAGGCCGAAGAGGCUGCUCUGGCCGAAGAUAUCAUCACUACUGCUACUCGUUCUAUGAGCGCGCCGGCAUAUGCUACAUCUACAGCUGCAUACCAGCCCUCACCGUACUACAAAGCCGAUACACCACUCCUCCCAGCCAUCGAAGGUCACAAACCCUGGCACACGACAUACGUCGUCCCCAGCCACUCGUCCUCCUCAAUCAAAUACGGCGCUAUCCCUCCACAAUCCUCCCAGCGGACACGCUCUACGAAGCCAAGCCUAGAGGAGAUGGACGACAAGACACGGAGGAAGGUUAGGGAGACAGCGAAGAGGGCACAGGUGGGGAAGAGGUUGGGGAAUGCGAGGGAGAGUACGUUGGACUAUAAGCUUGGGUUGAGAGGGAAGAUGCCGGGCGGAGGACGGGCGAAUCCAACUACCGUGAAGGGGUGGGUGGGGCUUGUCGAGGAUCGGAUCGAGCGAGCACGCCAAGCUGGUCACUUCAACAAUGUCAAGGGCCGAGGUCAGCCCAUCCAACGAACAGCGGACGAAGGGAACCCCUUCUUGCCCCGCGAAGAGUUCCUCAUGAACCGCAUCGUACAGCGGCAAGGGGCCGCACCUCCAUGGGUCGAACUGCAGAACGAGCUUGAGAUAGCGCUCUCUUCGUAUCGCGACCUGCUACGACAGUCGUGGGUCCGACGAGUAGUUCGUAUGCUCCCACUACAUCAUCAUCCGAAGGACCUCGAGCGGUUUACCCUCGACGAUAUCCGGGCAUACCGUGACGCUGACUGGAUAGCGCGCGAGGCGAGCUAUCAUAAUGUCGCUAUUGACGAGCUGAAUGCGCUCGUGAGGAAGUACAACGGUGUGGCGCCUGCGGUCGUCCGCCGGCCGUACUACAUUUUGAGCACCGAACUCGAACGUGCAUACAACGAUGCCGCUGAAGAGAUCCUGGCCACACUUGCUGAGCGCGCACACUCGUCAUCCAGCCCUUUCCGUGGACGAGGACUAUUGGCUGACGAGAGUGCAGGAGGCGGCGGCGGCGGACCUGCCAGUGAGGAAGACAUCGGCCUUUGGGAUGUUGUAGUGGGAUGGUUCCGCAAAGAGCCAAAGCGCGCUGGGCAGUGA